CUAGUAUAUAUAGCCUCUCAACCUAAGCAAAAUACUCAUCAACCAUCUUGAUUUUCAAAGGAUAUUAGUCAUUACUUGUCUCAUACUUCUAUCAUUCCUUUUCCUUCUUCUAUAAGGUAAAAUGAGCUGGUCAGGAGGAGAUUGGAUGUGCAAUGCUUGCCAGCAUAUAAAUUUCAAGAAGAGGGAUGCAUGCCAAAAUUGUGGAUACCCUAAGAUUGGAGGCCCUGAUCCAGAAACCUAUAGAUAUAACUGGACUGAAACCUUGGCAGGGGACUGGUAUUGCAGUGGUAUGAACUGUGGAGCUCAUAAUUAUGCUAGUAGAACAAGCUGUUAUAGAUGUGGUGCAUUGAAAAAUGAUAACUCUUAUGGAUCUGAUUGCAAUUACCCCCCUGGAUGGAAAACUGGUGAUUGGAUAUGCACUAGAUAUGGCUGUGGAGUGCACAAUUAUGCUAGCAGAGGCGAAUGCUUCAAGUGCAAAACACCCAAAAGUUUUGGUGGUUCAGAUUGAAAGAAGAAUUUCAGCUGUCACCGGCUUCGUUCACAGCCUUCUUCUGCGAUUAACAUUCGAUCUUGCUCUCCAAAGUGUUGAGUGAUCAUGGACAAAGGUCCUUUGUUAGCAUCAUCACAGCCUUUGUUUUUGUACUAGGAAGUUUUUGCCUUUGUUGUUAUGCCAGAUGUUUUGACAAGAUACUAAUGAAAAUUAUAUAUUUUGUCA